AUGGAUUCAUCAUCUCAAGAUCGAAUCAACAAGUUAAACGAAGAAUUACAAAACUUAGCCGACGAAGGCGGGAAGCAGUUAAUGUUUUACCAAGUAGAAAAAGAAAACAGCGGCGAUGAUGAUGACACCUCGACCACGUGUGGAGCUGGUACGAUUUCAAAGUCUAGAAUACAAAUAAUUUGUAAUAAGUAUAACAAGAUUAAUGGUGUGGUGGAGAGUAUAAAAGAACUGAAUUUGAAGCAAUUUCUUUACUUAAGUCAAGAUAUUAUGGAAAAAUUGGUCCUCGCAAAGCAAGAAUCUAAUCAGAAUGCACCUCUGGACUUGUCAGCUUCCGUUAUUUUUUCGGAGUUCGAACAAAAUCAAUCGUGUCCUUUAUGCAGGGAUUCAAGAGGAGUUGACGAUUGCUGGAUUUUAUCGAACCCUCCAGAAACAUCGGAGGUUGCGGGAAUUCUAAUAUCUUUGGCUGAAAAGGCAUUAGAUCAAAGCCACGACUCGUGA